CUAGGAAAAAAAUUGGCCAGCAACGCAGUCAGUGUGUGCUAACGCUAAGCUAGGAUAACGGCAGGCUGUGUGUCGUAGAUCGUCGUCUGACACCGUCUCUGCGGUGAAAUCGUCCUGGCCCGCGUAGAAGACCUCGUUACAAUUUUCUCGUAUUUGUCUGGGAUGUAUGGAUGGAUAGUUGACGGAAUAUCCUCGCUGUUUGAGCCCGUAACGGGGCAAAACCCCACCGAGUGGCCCGGGAAAGGUAACGUUAGCGAGGGGAGACCCACGACACCUGAGGCGAGGACACAGCGGCAGGAGACUAACGGCAGACCGGCUAAACGUAACUACCAGAGUGUUGAUGUUGCAGACAGUGUUGGCCAGAGUGAACAGGUGGAGGUGAAAAGACGCAGACGAGAUGUAGUAAUAAGUUUUGUGAAGAAGACUGUGGCCGGGGUAGCAAGUCUGCUCAGGCUGCGGAAUCCGCUGACGACCAGCUGUGAGAAGCACAGACAAUAUGAAGAGACACAGCCCGUCACUCUGAUGGGAAUAGAUGAGCUCCACACCUCAUGGCUGAACAGCACUGAGUGGAGAAUGGAUAAACCAGUGGGUGGAGUAAAUGAAAGGGGCGGUAAGAAUCCCUUUCAGAGCUCCUCACCUCCUCUAAUGAGGAAAUACAGUGGGACAGCGCUGUCUGCAGGGCUCCCUGACAGGGGGAAAGACAGGGAGAGGAGAGGCUCCCUCCAGCUGCUGCCCUCCAGGCCUCUGAGGGUAGGAACCCCAAACCCCGACCCCACCUGCACUGUCUUUGGACACAACCGCUGCUACAAGCCCAGUCUUACUGUGGAAGAGGCCAUAAAGCAGAACAAUAAGGAGCACUACAGGCGCUUGCUGGAGAUGGUGACAGAGAAGUACAGCAAAAGCCAACCCCUACCUUUCAACCAAACGAAACCACAAGAUGAGUCGCUGUCGCAGAGUGAACACAAAGCGACUGCUUCAGGAAAAGCUUUUGAAUCAGUGCCCAGGAAGACAGGAUACACAGCUGCCCCAAGUGUGUUUACAUGGAGAAAUGCAUCUGCACCCAAGGACAGGCGGGCUGGCUUGACUCUCAGUAAGACAUUCAGUGGAACCUUUGAGGACACACAGCAUGUGAGAUGUGCAAAGCAGAAACCGACAGCAGACUUGGACCUUUCUACAGAAGUCGCUACUCGCCUCAAUCUAGUGGACAGAGAGACUUCUGCCAUCAGCCUGCCUGACACACAUUCUGCACACACCACCCACAUAAGACACAGUGAUGAGGACAUACCUCGACUCACCAAGGAUAUGGCAGCGGAGGUGAGCGGUGCUCUGGCUCAGAGUGAUCCCAACCUUGUUUUAAGUGCCGCUUUCAAACUACGCAUCACACAGAGAGACCUGGCCACACUACAGGAAGGUGGAUGGCUCAACGAUGAGGUGAUGAACUUCUACCUUUCCCUGAUCAUGGAGCGGUGCUCCAACCAAGCAGCGGGAUUAAGAGUCUACUCGUUCAGCACCUUCUUCUUCCCCAAGCUGCGGGGUGGAGGAGGAGGAGGAGGAGGAGGAGGAGGCGCGCAAGCCGGAGGACACGCCGCUGUGAAGCGCUGGACCAAGGCUGUCGACCUCUUCCUCUAUGAUCUUAUUCUUGUCCCUCUGCAUCUGGGCGUCCACUGGGCAUUGGCUGUAAUAGAUUUUAAAUCAAAGACGGUGAAGUCAUAUGACUCGAUGGGCCAGAGACAUGAUGACAUCUGUAGUCUUUUACUACUCUACCUUAAGGAGGAGCACAAAGCAAAGAAAGGCAGAGAGCUCGACAGUGGCAAAUGGACUCUUGGUAGCAUGCGGGCCGCUGAGAUUCCACAGCAGAAAAACGGCAGCGACUGUGGUGUUUUUGCCUGUAAAUAUGCAGACUAUAUUGCAAAAGGAAGGCCGCUCACCUUCAAACAGUGCCACAUGCCUCUCUUCCGGAAGUUAAUGAUCUGGGAAAUUCUCAAUCAGAAGCUGCUAUAGAGAAUCGAAAACAAUCUCCUGUCAGUUACACGCCUAACAACAGAGACUUUCUCAACGGGAGCAACGUCUGUGUACAAGUAACGACACAGCGAGGAAGAUUAAUAAAAAGGAUGGGCCAAAGACGUGAACUUUACUGACUGAAACGUAACGCAGUCUGAAGAAAUCAAACACGAGUCUUAAGAUUUGAUUAUAUCCCCGUACCUGCCGGGGACGCAUUAACGUUUUGUAAUCUCUGAGUUGUAAUUGGAGACUUUAUUGGGAUGUAAGAAGUGUAUGUAUUACACAAGCUUUGGCACUACUGACUGAAUGGCUUUUUUUUUUUUUUUAAUUGACUUUGGAUUGUUAGUUUGCAGUACUGCCUGAAGUGCCUUCAGCCCUCUGACACUGAGCUCAACUUUUUGUCUAAUUUGGCAAAAUUCCUUAGCCGCAUAAAACUACAAGUCAGUUCUGAGGAGCUUGCCCCAGAAUUUGCUGACUCCUUUUUUUAUUUAUUUAAUUUGGCUGCAUCCCUCCAAGUUAUGAUCAACAAGAGUGGACAGCAACUAACUGGAACACUAUCAAUCUCUAAAUAUAGACAAUGAAAGAUAAAAUACCUCCUCUCCAGACCUUUUCCGGACAAAAAAAAAAUGCACAGUUGAGCGCUUGUAAUAUGUUUGAUUUGCUAUUAUUUAUGACUUGACUGAAUGAGAAAGUGUUUUGGGAGUGUGUAUGUGUGGUGUAUAGUGUUAUGAGUGGAGUAUUAAUAGUUGUUUCUCCCGUAUGUUACACAAGUCGCUGUUAGUUCUGUGAAUCUUCUUCAUGAGCGUACUGAGGCUACUUAGGGCUACUACACUUACUUAUAGCAUACUGCAUAGAAAACUACUGUACACACACGCAUGUUUGAGUUCAUGCUUUAAAAUGUGAUUUUUUUUUUUUGUUUCCUGUAAUAAAGUAUUCAUUUUCUAAAUUUGAA